AUGCCCCGUACCGUUCUCAUCACUGGCUGCUCCGAUGGCGGCCUUGGAGCUGCCCUUGCUGUGGCCUUCCACAAAAAGGGCGACCGUGUGAUCGCGACCGCCAGAAACCCUGCGAAAAUGGCCUCUCUCAAGGCCUUGGGUAUCGACACUCUGCAGCUCGACGUCCUCUCAGAAGACUCGAUCAAAGCAGCAGUCCAGGCCACUUCCCAAAUAACGGACAAUGCUCUCGACAUCCUGGUCAACAACGCCGGAAAAGGCUAUAGCACGCCGCUGCUGGACGCCUCGAUAUCUGAGAUAUCGCAGCUGUUUGAGCUGAAUACAAUAUCCGCUCUCCGCGUUACGCAAAACUUCUUCCCCCUUCUGCGCAAUUCCAAGGGCGGUGCCACAGUUGUGAAUAAUACUUCGUGUGCAAGCGUCAUGCCCGUGCCUCUCCAAGGGCCCUACAGUGCCACCAAGGCUGCCCUUGCGUCCUUAUCCGAAGUCCUACGUCAAGAGCUACAACCUUUCGAUAUCAAAGUCAUCGAUUUGAAGACCGGCACUGUGAAGUCGAAUUUCUUCGCCAAUGCCUCGUCGUCAGGAGGCCCUGCAGAUGGCAGUUUAAGGCUGCCCGAAGACUCGCUCUAUCUGCCUGGGAGAGAACAGGUGGAGAAAUUCAUGCGGACGGACAUCGACAUCACCGAAAUGCCGGCGGAUGAGUGGGCUGCGAAGGUUGUUCGGGACUUGUCAAAGCGACACCCUCCGGUACAUGUCUGGCACGGAGGAAAUGCAUUUCAGGUGUGGCUGUGUUCUUUUUUGCCCGUGGGGAUGCUCGACUCAACAUUGAAGAAGAUGACGGGAUUAGAUGUCGUGCAGCGUUACUACCGUGGUUCAAGGGCACACAAGACGAAAUAG